AUGUACAAGUAUGCAAAGGUUGGCUUCAAUAAGGGAGGUGAUACCCACUACUACGCUGUGGAGGGAUCAGGCACGGAGGAAAUCGCCACGGUGGUGUCCCGUAGUAACGUCAACAAGACGGGAAAGUUCGUCUUCAGACUCAAUGGUUACAUGGCACGUCCUGUAAAGGUCGCCGACAUAGUGUUUGUCAUAGACUCCUCCUACAGCGAGUCGGCUUUGUUUGACAGUAUCCUCCAGUACAUAGUAGACGUUACUGACAAUCUGACCAUAGCUCCCAACGACACACAGGUGGCUGUUGUAAGUUUUUCCAAGACAGCCAAUGUGGAGUUCGAUUUCUUUUUUUGUCAGAAAAAGGACUGUAUUCACGAGCGUGUGCUAAAUACAUCCCAUCUUAACAGUACUUCUCACAUGGAAACCGGACUAGAAAAGGCAAGAGACAUGUUCCGGUGGACCAACGGAGGAAGACAGUCUGCCUUGAAGUAUGUUGUUGUGGUCAGCGACGGACUGGUCAAUGACAGGGAGAAAGCCAUAAAUAGUGCAAGGGGUCUGUCUAAUGGAAACGGUGAUAUCAGGGUGGUCAGUGUUGGACUGGGAAGGUCUGUGUAUCACACCGUGCUGGAGAGUGUGGCCUUCAACAGUUCGUACUUACUGGCGCCAGAUCCCAGCAAACUACUGGACCUUCUCCAAUGGGAUCUACACGAUGGGAACAGUACAGGAUGUGAAACCAAAUACAGUGCUGAUAUGCUAUUAUUAGUGGAGACAUCAGCAUCACAGAGCGGCAAAACGUUUAAGACGGUGCUGAACUUCCUACAAACAUUUCUCGAUAAAAUCAGCUCCUAUCAUACCAAUCACACUGUAACCAUCAGUAUAGCCACACAUGGCACCAAAUUAAAGUACGUCGUAAAGGGAUGCCAACUGUCAAAUCUGCCGUACAUGAUGGACGCUGUAAAGGAACUGAGACAGUCGCCGGAUAACAGACCAGACUGGGACAGUGUGAUGACGUUUGCAGGUACUCACACAUCCUACAGUAGUGUUGGGACCAGGAAGUAUGUCAUAUUUGUCACAACCGGUCUCAUACCAGAAGAAUCGGUUCCGUACGUGCGGACACAGCUCGGACAUCUGCAGGACAACAACGGGGUGAGUGUAGUGAUGGUUGGGGUAGCUGGCCACACAGACUGGACAUCACUGGAAAAUGUGUAUGAUUGUGGGUUCUUCACUUUCUCUACAGAGGAUGUGGAUAUCGUGUCACGUGCUCUGUGGAACGACAUUAAAUCCACUAACUGUACCACAUCUGAGAAAACAUAAGCUGUGUGUUAUUUACAUGUAUUACUGUGGAUAUUAGCUUGAUAACGACCCGUCAACAAUUUCCUAAAUUAGAUACUUUGUGUGUAACCAUAAGGUUAAAUCAUGAAGACUUUACUGAAUGUCAGGAAAGAGUUGUCAUGGUGAAGACUUUUGAUAUUUUCAUCAAUUUCUCAAAUCGUACAAGUACAACCCAGCGGAUAUGUAGGAAAUGUAUGUAUAAACAAACCAUGAAGAUGAAAUAACACCAUAUAUAAUACAUACAGGAAAACAUAUAGCAGACUAUAAAGGAAAAUUAUGCAUAACAAAGUAUGGAGGUGAAAUUAAAUAACGUAUCUAAAUAGGAUAAACAUAUACAUGACUAAAAGGAAAUAAAUAUAACUAAGCAUUUAGAUGAAACUUCAUCAGGUUUUUAAAUAGGAAAGUACUUAAGAUAGAUAGGAAAUAUGAAGAAUAAUACCUUAGGUAACAAUCCUACAGCUCGAGGACCAAGAUAGGAAUAUAAACCUGAUGUUACCCAUUGCAUGUUGUAAUAGGAAAGUAAUGUGGGAACCCCCUGCAAAAUUGGGGAUUGGCGUUUGUUCCCUCUACUUGGAGAAACAAAAGUAAUCUCAAAUACUUAUUGCAACAUUUGGAAUCUUUAUAUUUCCUUUCUAUUCCCAAAUAAACUUUUACCUCCUAUCAGCUUGAACCUCACGUUCGCCUAAAUGAGGAAAGCAAUGCAUUUGUGCCAACGUCCCUAAAAUGCUAGCUUUAAUUCAUCUAUUGAAACACCGUUCUAAGAUAAAGGUGCAGCAUUUAAGGUAAUCAAGACAAUUGGUCAGUAUAAUGGGACCGAAUGAAAUACUGUACUGGGUGCUUCAGUGAGAUAGCACUUGAAAGUAGGCAUCAAAUCCGCACCUACGGCCUCCAGAUCCCAUACACGCAUACAUUACACACAUCCUUAAAUUAUCUUAGCUUUUGAUACGACAUUAAAGCGUGUAAAUAUAAACUAAAACAAGCAUAAAGUAUUUUUUAAGGAUCUAAACAGCAGUUAUUGAUCCUGAGAUCGAUUGACUGCCUUAUUGAGAGGUGCAGAUUUAUCAAGUUCUCAUUGAGAAAUGUUCUAUUUCCUUGUGUGGUAUGAGGGUUGAUGCUUCAGCUCAUUAAUGUGCCACGUGAUUUCGUCACUACAUCAGUUUACGCCAUGGGAACGCGACAAUUCCUUGAUCUGACAUUGAUUUACAAGACGCUGGCUCUUUCGAAAAACCGGUAUAUUCUCCUUUUACUGUUCACGAGUAUCCAUGUAACUUCCUUUUUUCAGAUUUUGUCUUACUUUCCUAAACUUUGAGUUCUAAUUAUAGUUUUGAUCAAACAUUGCUAUUCUCAUUUUUUCUUAGAUCGUUGAUGAUCUACAUAAUUCAAAAUAAGAUGUAACAUGUAGUGAAUGAAAUGCGUUUCGUGUUUAAUCAUAGAUGUUCCUCUCUUGUGUUAUAUUACAUCUCCAGAUCAUAACAGCUUCAGAUUAUUAUAUCUCAAUAUCACGUCAUCGUAUCUCCUGUGCAUUUUGUGGCAGUAUUAUUUGAAAUAUAUUCAGUAGUUAGUUAAUAAUUGCUUAAUCAGAGAACUGAAAUAUACGCGAUACGUCACUUCUGCUGUGACUUGUUGCACACAAGUACUUGUUUCUGAUGUGUCAUCAUAAUCAUUACGAUCCAUCUACUUCUGCAUGUUCCUUUUAUAUUUAUUUCUUUUAUUGAUUUGUAACCAGUUUUAAAGUAUAUGCAUGUACAUAUUUUGUACUAUAAUUUUACUUUAAUGGUAUUUCAAGAAAAAUGUAUUUUUGACAAAAUGAUUGAAGAUAACUGAUUCAAUGUAUCCAUUGUUUAAAAAUGAAAGGUGAAUUCAAAUUGAUCUUCAUUUAUUGAACUUUUGAAUAGACUGACAUGUAUUCGCUAGUUUUCAGGUAUUUGCUUUUUCUUGUGUGCAGAUAUUUUUAAGAAUUAUAAUGACAUUUAAAAAUAUUUCAUUUAUGUUCAAGACCACGGGUCAACUAGAGUUAUUACACAAGAAUACUCUAGGUAUGUUGGAUAAUACACUGCCUCCAGGUGAUCACAUAUCAGGUUGGUAUAUCCCUGGUUUAGUAAUUAUCUCUUUGUGGUUCAAAGACUUGUAAUUUCAUUGAACACUUUGUGUAUCACCAUUUCUAACAGACAAGAUAAACAACCACCAUAUGUAAAAGACAUACAUGUUUCAGGUGUUUUUAACAAUACCAGUUUUGUAGACAGAUUAGAAACC